UUCUAGACAAUAAGCAUCCUGAACUAAAAGUUUGAAUAUUCGGUGUAAUCUGCCCGAUGCCCACAAAGGACAUACACCAUGAAAGUAGCAUAUUAUCGUUGAUUCAUUAUCAUGACCUAUGUUAUUGGAUUGCUUUGCUAUUUAUCUGCAAGGUUUUGAAUCCCAUUGAUAACAUCAGUGUUGUUAAUUUGGCGUUCGGGUCGCUCGGGUCGCCCGGGUCACCCGGGUCGAGACCAGCACCGCCCCAACAUGGGUGGGUUGAUCGAGAUGCAUGGGUCACGCUGGGUCGCGCUGGGUCGGCUGGGUCGGCGGGGUCGAGCGUUUCGGGUGGGUCGCCCAAACGGCUAAUACAUGCUUCACAGUUAACAUUUUAAGGUCAUUACUUGAAUUAUAAAGAUGUGAAAGGUAUUUUGGCUUGUUCAGAGGUUAUCGAAGGCUUGCACGAGUGUAUUCUAAAACUGGUUCCCGACAUAAAUAUGCAAGAUCAGAUCAUGAAAAAGGAAACGGCUUUGUAUCGGGACGCUGUUUCCUGUUUCGGAAAUCCUUUAGCUAUUCGACAUAGAAAUCAAAUGGCACCAGCUGAAUGGUGGAAACAUUAUGGGUCUAAGGCACCAAAUUUGCAAAACUUUGCAAUUCGAGUCUUGAGCCAAACUUGUAGUGCUACUGGCUGUGAGAGGAAUUGGAGUACUUUUCAACAUAUUCAUAGCAAAAAGAGGAAUCGUUUGGCACAAGAACGAUUAAACAACUUAGUAUUUGUGAAGUACAACAGAGAUCUUGAGCGAAGAUUCAACAUACAAAACGUCACUGAUCCUAUACUCCUAAGUGACAUUGACGAUAGUAAUGAAUGGUUAAUGGGUAGGAUGGAGGGGGAGGAUGAGGAUGAGGAUGCGGGGGGUGAUGAUUUUGUCUUCCAAAAUGAGUCGCUCAGAUGGAGAGAUGUUGGUAGAGCUUCUGGUGUGUUGGAGCCAUCUCACAAUACUAGAGGCAACACAAAUACUCGAGAUCAUGCCUCAAGCUCCAAGUCUAUUCGUAUUCUUGUGGAUGAAGAUGAAGAGAAUGAAGAUAUAAACUUGGUUGGAGCAGAAUUUGAUGAAGGAGAAGAUGACUAUCAUCUAAGUGAAGAUGAUAUAUAACUUUCUUUUGACAUUUUCAGACAAUAGUUUCAAUUAUUUAUUUUGUGUUAACUUAUACUUAUGACUUAUGAAUUGUUUUGAUAUUUUGAUCAUUUCUAUUUUCCA